CUUGUACGGUACUCAUGACAAAGUACUCGUUCUCUUGUGAACGUUCUCCUGCAAGAAUUAAAAAAAUAUUUUAGAGGUACAUACAGGAAAAGAAUCAAUUUUCUAUUGUUUGGGAAUCUUCUGCAUUUCUUAAAUGCCUAGAUUGACAGCAAAAAAUCCCUAGAGAACACGUGUACAUGUACCCAUUGAAAUUUGUUUCUACUCAUGGAAAGUACUUGUAUUCGUACUUGUACUCGAGUACUUUGGUUCUCGUACUCAUGGGAAAAAAUUGCCUUGUACUCGUACUCAUGAUAAAAUACUAGUACUCAUACUCACACUCAUGGCAAGGUACUCAAAUUCAUACUCGUACUCACGGAAAUGUACUCGAUAACACUGUGUCACAGGUAACAUGGUAUGUAUGAGGAUGUUUCGCCAAAUAAAUCUGCUUUUAAAAACCUUUCAAGUUUUGCAAAACCACUUUUGCCCAUAGAGUUCGCACCCACACUUCAAAUUCCUUUGAAGUAAUCUUCCGUGGAGUAUGAAUUAUAAUGUGACCCACUAUACCCGAUGUUUGAUCUGUUUACAGCUUCUGAAUUUGAUGUGCCUGAUCAUGGCGGCUGUGUGCGUCAUUUGGAGUGGGUAUCCCAUCUUCGUCUGCGUGAUGGCCAUGAUCUGCACAAUAUUCUUCUGCGUUCUGUUCUUGAUGCACCUGGACAAGCGAAUUACUGUCAUCAAUUGGCCAUUUACUGAGCUGUUGAAUAACAUAACAUGGACCAUACUGCAUUUCAUUUCGGCCUGCGUACUGGCCAAGGGAGCUUCUGAUUGGGCAUGGAUUUUGCGAGGUUUCUAUCAUUCUUACUACGGAUGCUCAGCUUUUGCGGCUGUGCUUGGAUUCAUUCUGACCAUCCUCUACGGUGUCAGCACCCUGUUCAGCUUCCGCCAAUUCCAAGCCCAAGGUGGCCUGAACCGCCUGAGAGGACACGGUGGUGGGCAGCAGGGUGCGACCGCCGCUACCAUCACCACUACCACCACCACUGCUACUGCCCAACAGGAUCCGCCUGCAUAUGCCGAGAAGGGAGGAAUGUCUUAAGAAGGAGAUUAGGGUCAUUCCACCGGGUUGGGGAACAAAGUGUGACAAAUGACCAUUUUAAGAAAAGCAUGAAUGCCUUGCUAGCAGUUGCUCUACAUAAUAUUUGUUGUUGGGUGUUUCAC